CAAACUGCCUUUUCCUUAACUACCUCAGCUUUCAUCCCAUUCCACCUCCCUUAAAGGGAAAAGGCAGGUUCCGCCUCCAGAGGUCUCAUCUCCUUCCCCGCCCUCAGUCCGCCCCACAGGAUCCCCCAAAUUGCAGCCUAUUAUCUUUUUAGCCUGACUCCGAAGGCGGAGGAUUCAGGCUCUCUGGGAGCCUAGUAUAUACAAGGCGUCGCUCCGACGUGGGAGGCAAUUUGGUCCCCUUCCCUUGCCCUUAGCUUAAAUCGCUCUGUCUUUCCCUCCCCACCCCUUGCACCUUUGGCCCUUUCACCCUCUUCUCCUUCCUAGGUGCCCCCCCCCGAUCCUCCCCUCCCGGAUCGUCCCGCCCCUGUCUGCCCGCACCCUUGGCCCUCGCCCUCUCUAUCUCCUUUUCUCUCACCCUCUGCCCCCUCUGGCUUCGCUCGCUCGCUCGCACGCCGCUCUCGCUCACUCUGUCGCCUCUGCACUGUCCUUCUGACUGACUGUCUUCUGCUGCUUCUGUCCACUAUUCUUCAAAACCCUCUUCACUAUCUCCCCAAACUCAUCCAAAAACAACCAGUCAACCCGCCCCGCCCCAAAGCCCGUCCACUCGAAUAAAAAAAAAAAAGACAAAAAAAACCUAACUACGCCCCCAAUAUAAAAAGCCAGAACCAGCCUGACCCGAAUCCAAAAUUAGACCAAUGAUGAGAUUUCGUCAGCGAGGGAACAUGGCAAGAGGAGUCGCUUCAGGGUCGGCGGACGCGAGUGUCAGCACCCUACAACAGUCCCGCAGCAAGGAGGUGGGGAGUAGCUGUAGCAGCUUUGAGAUGGGUUUCCCAAUGAACAAGAUGUUGCUGUUAUCACUCACCUUUUUGGCCUUUGCCUCGUGCUGCAACGCUGCUUAUCGCCCCAGUGAGACCCUUUGUGGUGGGGAGCUGGUAGACACUCUCCAGUUUGUGUGUGGCGACCGCGGCUUCUAUUUCAGCCUUCCUGGCAGGCCCCUGAGCCGCGUGAGCCGCCGCCUGAAUCGCGGCAUCGUGGAAGAGUGUUGCUUCCGCAGCUGUGAUCUGGCUCUGCUGGAGACCUACUGCGCCACCCCUGCCAAGUCCGAGCGAGACCUGUCAGCCUCUAUGAUGGUGCUCCCGGAAAACUUCCCCAGAUUACCGGUGGGUAAGUUCUUCAGACUCGACACCUGGCAGAAGUCAGCCCGUCGCCUCCGGAGGGGCCUGCCUGCCCUCCUGCGUGCCCGCAGGGACCGGCUGAGAGCCCAGGCGCUGGAAGCGGUCAGAGAGGCCAAGCGGCACCGUCCGCUGAUCACCCUGCCCAGCGAGGACCCCAUCCGCACGGAUGCCUCAUCCGGAAAACCCGCCAAUCAGAAGUAACCUGGGCACCUGCCCGUCUGCCCCUGGGAUCGGAUUCCUCUUCAUCUAUACUCUCUCUCCUUUUCUCUCGACAAAUUCGGCCUCUAUUCUUCCAAAUGUCUUUCUUCCACCGCCCCCCCCCCCUACCCCCCCAUCCCCCCUCCCC